AUGUCAUUCAUAAGACCAGAACUAAAAUCAGUCGAUUUCCCCCCUCCAGAUAUUAAUAGCAAAGGUAGUAUUUUAAAAAACAAACCAAUGGAAUCUAUAAACAAUAUAAGAGAUGUUGAAAGUAUAAAAAAAUUAAGUUAUAUGAGCACCGGCGUAAAUAAUAACCAACUAUAUGAAAAUGGAAUGUAUUUUGAUGAAAGAAAAAGAGAAUAUAUACCUAAUAAUGAAAACAUUUCUUCUAUAUAUGAAAAUAAUAAUGUUGAAAAUAAUGUAAAUAUGAAUGAUAAUGUUAAUGUUAUUGGUAGUAGUGUGUUUAGGCCUACUGAUGGAAUACAUACCAUAGAAGAGAAAAAAAUUUCUUACGGAAAUAAUAUGUUCGACUAUAAUAAUAUGAUUCCAUAUAACAUGAAUAAUAAUAUGAUUCCAUAUAACUUGAAUAAUAAUACGAUUCCAUAUAACAUGAACAAUAACAUGAUGCCAUAUAACAUGAACAACAACAUGAUGGAAUACAAUAUGAACAACAACAUGAUGGAAUAUAAUAUGAACAACAACAUGGUGGAAUAUAAUAUGAACAACAACAUGGUGGAAUAUAAUAUGAACAACAAUAUGAUAAAUAAUGAUAGACAUUUAUCUCAGAUGAACGUAGAUAAAAAUUUGUAUCCUGUAAAUAAUUUGCCUAACGAUGAAGUAAGUUAUGGUUAUGUAGAUCCGUUGGAAAAUUUGUUUAAUACAAAUAAAUUUAAAAUAAAAAAAAUAAAAGACACCAACAGCAUUAGUAAUGACUAUAACAAUAAAAAAAACUUAACUAACAUUUUGCCUUUUGAAAAGAUUGUAGAACAGUGUGAUAUUAAUAAUGUGCUAUCAAAUAAAUUCGUUCAAGAUUUAUAUAAUCAUCAAAAUGUAUAUGAUGAAAAUAAUGUAGUUAUGAAAGGAUUUAAAGGGGAAUAUAUGGAUGGUUCCCCAUCAGUUCCUUUUUUAAGUGAUGGAAAGAGUGUAGUAUAUAAUAAAAUGAAAGAAAAUGAUGAGCAUUUUGAGGAGGAUAAUUAUGCUCAGGAUAAAGCUUAUAUGACUUCAAGGUAUUCUAGUGAUAAGAGAAAUACACUAAAACCAAAUAAACUUGACAUAGGUGAUAAACAAAAAAAUGAUGGUAACGAAAAUAAUAUGGUUGAUAAAGAUGAUGAUAAUUAUCAAGGUAACGAACAUAUCAACAUGAAUAAUAUUAAUAGUAAGAACAAUAUUGAUAGAGUUCGUAAUAGGAGCCAUUCCAAGAAUAUGAUUCCCUCAGAUAUGACAACAAAUAAUAUUCCAAUGCAAGAUAUAAGAAAUAGUCACUAUGAAGAUGAAAAUAAAAAUAAAAAUAAAAAUAAGAAAAUAAAUGAUAAUAUUAAUGCUACUAUGAAUAAUGAUGAUGAUGAUUUACAUGCAGUGGAAAAUAAUGAAGGUGAUAAAGAUAAUAAUUUAUUUGAGGUAUAUGAUUAUAAUAAAAAUAAAAAGGUUGUAUAUUAUUCUGUUAAAAAUCAUUAUGAUCCAUAUAAAGAAAUGUGUAAAAAAGAGAAAGACAGUUAUUCAAUAUAUGAUAAUAAAAUAUAUGAAAAUGAUAUAUAUGAUUAUCUAUUACAUCAGUAUGAACAAAAUUAUGAACAUAUGUUUGAUCAACGCAACUCGAAUAAUAGUAAUAUAGCAAAUGAUAGAAAGGAUAUUUUUUAUAAUCGUAUGAAUUUAAUGUAUGGCGACAAUCAUAUGGGAGAUAAUAACUACAAAAAGGAUAUUAUCAGAAAUUCAUAUCAUAAUAAUAAUAAUAAUAAUAAUAGUAAUAACAUUAAUGGUGAUGUUAAUAGAUUUAAUAGUAAGGAUGGUAAUACUAGGUGCCGAGUAGGGACCCUUAAUCAAAAUAGUAUUCAUGAAAAUAAUGAGAAUGAAUAUAAUAAUAUUCCAAGAUAUACAAAUUAUAAAAGAGAAACAGAAUUAUAUGAUAAAAUUUUAUAUGACUACAAAUUAAAUCAACAUAAAUAUCCAUCUUAUUUUCCAAGAAAUAUAAAUGAUAAAAGUUGUGAUAAUGUUAAUGAUAAAAAUAGGAAUAGUAACUUAUCAAUUUUAUAUAAGAGGAAUUCAAAAAUUUGUAAUUUGUAUAAUGAUGAACUAUUAGAUAUAUAUAAAUAUACUACUGAUAUAUAUACACCUAAACCAAAAUUAUUUGUUUAUUCUGUAAAAGAUAAUUUAAAUACAAACAAUAAAGAUCAGAAGAAUGAUAUAAAAAUAGAAAAACAAAAGGAUACAAAAAACAAUUUGUAUGAUAAAGAAUAUACAAAUAAUGAUGUUUUAUGUAACACAUAUAAUUUAAAAAUUAAUAAAGAAUUUAAAAAGAUUUUUAAAAAAUUAAAAUAUAAAAAUACUGUAGUUAUUAGUAAUAUAGGCAAAAAUUGUGGAUCUUCUACCUUUUCAAAUUAUAUUAUAAAUGAUAAUGAAAUAAAUAAAUUUACAAAUGAAAUCAGUACAGAAGAAAAUUGUAUAUAUGCAUAUAUUACAAAGAAUCAAAAUAAAAUUAAUUAUCUUUAUUUAGAUUAUGAAAAGAUUACUACUCUACAAGCUAAAUAUUGUAAUGAAAAAAAAGAAUUACAAAAUAAUAUAAAUAAAUUCAUAACACUUUCCUUCUACUUUUCUAAUAUAGUAAUUUUACAUAUAAGUAAAGAAAAUUGUUUAGAUAUGUUUUAUGUGUUGGCUUCUUAUUAUGAUAUAAUAAAAAAUAUUAGAGAAAAUCUGAGAAAAAGAAGAAAGAAAUAUGAGCAAUUAGAAAGUGGUAAACAGGAAGGUGACCAAUUUGAUUUGAAGAAUAUCAAAAAGGCGCUUUCUCCAAAAGAGAAUAAUAAAAGUAAAGAUAAUCAGAAAAAUAAAGAAAAUAAAGAAAAUAAAGAAAAUAAAGAAAAUAAAGAAAAUAAAGAAAAUCAAAAGAGUAAAGAUCAUCAAAAGAGCAAAGAUCAUCAAAAGAGUAAAGAUCAUCAAAAGAGCAAAGAUCAUCAAAGGAGCAAAGAUCAUCACAAAAGUAAUGAUAAUCUUGAUAGUGAUAAGAAUGAGGAAGACAUCGAAACUGUUGAAGAACCAUUAGAUAUAAAUGAUAAUAAAACAAAUACCAAUUUGUCAUCAGAUGUAAGUGAAGAGGAUUCAUCUAAUACAGAUAGCGAAGAUUCGAGUAAAGACAAUUUUGAUGAAAAUAAUUUUUCUUUACCAUAUUUUAUAUUUGUAUUAAGAGAUGUAAAUAAAGAAGAAUUAUGCCAAAUGAACUUACAAAAUGAAUGUUUGUUUAAAGAGGAGGAUAUGAAUGGUAAUAUAAAUGUAAAUAUAAAUGUAAAUGCUAAUGAGAAUAUGAAUAAUCCUUUAAAUGACUGUAUGUUUUAUAACCAACAUGUUAAUAAUAAUAUUAACAAUAUUAACAAUAAUAAUAAUAAUAAUAGUAUUGGUGGUAAUAAUUAUCAUUAUGGUUAUGAUAAUUAUUCAUAUGAUUCCUUAGCUAGACAAUAUUUAGAUUCACUCAUAAACAUGAUAAAUGAUGAUGUAACCCAGAAAAAGGUUCAAUGUAUGCUAAAAUUAUUAACAAGAAAAAAUAUUUUCAUGUUACCAUCAUUAUAUACAAAUAAUAAUGAAUAUAUUAUAAAUAAAGAAUAUAUGAAAGAAUUAAGCAGAAUAAAAAAAGAAUUAUAUAUCCAAGGGAAAGCAAUAGAUAAUAUGUAUAAAAAUAAUGGUACUUAUAUAUAUAAAUAUAUUAGUAUGUUAUUAUAUACAACUAAUAAUAAUAUUUUUUAUACACCUAAACAAUUACAAAAAAAAAUAGAAAAUUUUGAAUGUAAAAUGUUAUAUAAUGUUCUUAUAGAUAAUUUCUUACUUCAUAUAAGAAAAAAAAUUGAAAAAAAAUUACCCAUGAAACCAAAUAUGUUUUUAACAUUAAUUAAUGAUUUAAAGAUAGAAUUUAUUUUAACCUUUGAAAAAUUUGCUAUUGGAAAUAUAAAAAUUAAAAAAAAAUAUAAAAACCAAUUAUAUUCUGAUAUGGAUGUUAUAAUAUUAAAAGCUUAUAAAGAAAAUAUAGCAUUCAGUUGUUUUAAUUUUUAUAAUAUUAUUGAUCAAAGAAUAAAGGCUUUAAAAAUUUAUGAAAACAUUAAUAAUUUUAAGUAUGAAAACUUUAGUCAGCUACAAAUCGAUCUAGAACAUAUUAAUGAGGGAGAAAUAGAUAAUCUUAUAUAUAACGAAAUAUUAGGAAUAAAGAAGGAAGAAAUAUUUGCACACUUUAUAAAUGUUUAUUAUGAUAAUGAAAAAGAUACAAGUGAAAUGUUAUAUAAUACUGACCCAGCAGAUAAUAAGCAGAAAAAAUUGUAUGCUCUACCAAAAAAUAAAAAAAGCUUGACAGGUGUAAAUCAUAAAACAAAUGAUAAUAAUAAAUAUGAUACAUCUGAUACAUUAAGCGAUACUGAUAAUAAUAAAAAGUAUGAAUAUCAAAAAGGUAAAAAAAUUACUUCAACAUAUUUAGGAACUGACAACAAUAAUAAUAAUAAUAAUAAUAAUAAUAAUAAUAAUUAUAUUAAUAAUAAUCUUAAUAAUUAUGGUAAUCCAUUGUUAUAUGGAAACAGUAUGAAAAAAAAUAAAAAUAAAUAUGAAGGAAAAUUUGUCAAAUAUCAAGAUACCAUAAAUCAAGAUAAAGAUUCUGAUGAUAAUUCCUUUAAAGAAUUAGAACAAAAUAAUGAGAAGAAAAGUUUGAGAAUAAAUAAAUAUAAUAAUGAUUCAUAUAGAAGAAAAAGUACAAAUGAAAUGUAUGUAAAUGCUGAUGAUACUUAUUAUUAUCAAACCAAAACGAAAAUACCAAGUAAUAAUAAUAUUAACAAUAAUAAUAAUAAUUAUAAUAAUAAUAAUUAUAAUAUCAACAGAUCAAUCAGCUCAUCGAAAAAAUCAUACCAUAAAUUUAAAUCAGAUCUAGGUUUAAUAUAUGCAAGGAAAAAAAAAGUACACAAAUAUAAUUAUGUACCCAAAAAAUAUAAUAGUGUAGAUUAUGCUAAUGAAAAUAAUGAAUAUAUGCAUAAAAAUUCAAUAUUAUAUGAAAAUUUAAAUAGUUCAGAAUUAUUUCCAGAAGAAGGUGUAGAUAUAUAUACAGAUGAAGAUAAUGCAGAAGAUGAAUACAAUCAAGAGGAAAAGCAUAAUGCAUUUCAACAAAAUAAUAAUUAUCUAUCAUCAAAUAGUAGAUUAAAUAGUAAAAAUGAUAAAAAAGUAAAUCAUUCCAAAUCUAAAAUUUCUAGAAACAUGAGUAAUUCUGCUAUGGAAAUGGUAAAUUUGAAAGAAAACGAUGAUGAUGAAAAUGAACAAGAUGAUGAUAAUAAAAUAGCUUUUAUUAAAAAAAAAAUCUCUAGUAAUUUAUCUAAUGUUAAAGAUAAAUUAACCUUUCAAGAAAAAAAUAAUUAUGAAAGUAAAAAAUCAAGUCGUAGCAACUCAAGGAAAAAAACAAGGAUGAGUUGUUUACCCAAAAAAAAAAGUUCAAAAUGA